UUGGAUACAGCGACUAGUACAAGACGUCAAGGAUAAUUAGAUAUGAGGAUUCGACAGCACGAAGGAUUUCUCGAGAGAGGGGUGGCUUUUAAAAAAGCCAGGUAUGAAUACAUCGCGUGACUCACGUCAUGCUUUGCAUAGAGGGGAGGGGGACGGUGCCACCGCGGACAAUUUAAUAGUCUUGCGAGGCAGAGCUCUUGCUCUUCUUGCCGUCCUUGGUCACGACACCAGCGGUGGCAGACUUCUUGGGCAACAAAAUGUUGUGGAUGUUGGGCAACACACCGCCGGACGCGAUGGUCACAUCGCCCAACAACUUGUUCAAUUCUUCGUCGUUGCGGACCGCCAAUUGGAUGUGGCGGGGGAUGAUGCGGGACUUCUUGUUGUCGCGCGCGGCGUUGCCGGCAAGUUCCAAGAUUUCAGCGCACAGGUAUUCCAACACGGCGGCGAGGUACACGGGGGCACCGCCACCGAUGCGUUGGGCGAAGCGGCCCUUCUUCAAGAAACGGGCGACACGACCGACGGGGAAUUGGAGGCCGGCCUUGGACGAACGGGACGAGGACUUGCCUUUCUUGCCGCGGCCGCCGGUUGCUUUUCCUUUACCAGACAUGUUCUUGAGUGUACUUGACG